UAAAAGAUAUAUCGUAGCUCUAACGUCACUCUUCGUAAAUCAAUACGUAGUCAGGAAGGUGUGUCUAAUACGGAUCAUCGAUACUUAUCAGUUCAGUUGAACUUUCUUUCUCAGACCAAUGAUGUAGCAAGAAGAAGAGGAAAACAGAAAAAAGAGAACCCACAAUCGGGCCCACAUCAUUGACCAUCAGUGGCUUAUAAUGUGUGUUUUUUUUUAUUUACUGUAGGAGAAAAUUGUGUCAUAGAAUAUAUAUGCGAUCAGGUUAGUUGAUAUAAUCAGUGGUAAGUAAAGCACAUAACACAACCCAUUCUGUGCAAUACAUUCAUUUGUUAUCAAAUAAUGCUAUGCUUGCUUGUUCCUGCAUUAUUCUAUAAAAUGGGUUCUUUUGUGUCCCUUUUUGACAUAAGAGUCAAUAAUGACAAUUAUUAUCUGAUGGCAACUUUUAGUAGAUGCUAUAAUUAGGCAUUUCAUUAUGUGUUCAGCCAGCAUUAUAAAAAAUACUUGAAGUUGUGUCUCCAGGUUAUGUUACCCUGUUACCAUCAUAACUCAUCCUAUUAAAAUCAUGUAUUCUGUUAAAUGACAUCGUCAUCAUUACAACUCUCCAAAGAGAAAUAAAUGACUCCUCUUUUUUAUCAAUCUAUCAAAUGCUUUAUUUUUUCAGUAGGAGAUAAACUUCAAAAGUGAGCCCUGUUACCAUGAUUUUGAAUUGUAGCCUAAACGACUUGGUUAAUACAAAAAUACUCCUUUUAAUUAUCUCAUUAGCUCAUUUCACCAUCAUGAUCUUGAACACAUGUCUAAUGUCUAACUGAACUGUAAAACAGUCAGCACUGUUACCUUUAUUAUAUCCCAACAUGCAUUCAUAUUUAUAUAUGCUGGAUAUUCUUUGAACAAAAGUUUAACAUUUUAGCUUUAUAUUAUUGAAAGCACUUAUUUUAUAGAUUUACUUUCUGUCCUACCUUAGUCUGGAUCUUGUGUUUAACUUUUAGUGAAUGUAAAGUUUAUGUUAUAAAUGUAUGUAUGGUUUAAACUUAGGCACAAAUGGGGCAUUGACUGUGAGACUUUGAUCAUUCUGUCUCCUCAGCAGUGCAGUAAUGCCACCUUGUGUCGAAAAGGUAACACAAAAAAUACACAAAAAGCUGCAUGACAUGUUCAGAAGCUUCUUCAAUUUUCUCAAUCCUUUCUGUGUCAGUAUGUGUCACACACACACACACACACACACACACAUGUUGUGUUUCCAUGUUUUAUGGGGACUUUCCAUAGACAUAAUGGUUUUUAUACUGUACAAACUUUAUAUUCUAUCCCCUAAACCUAAUCCUCACAGAAAACAUUCUGCAUUUUUACAUUUUCAAAAAACAUAAUUUAGUAUGAUUUAUAAGCUGUUUUCCUCAUGGGGACCGACAAAAUGUCCCCACAAGGUCAAACAUUUCGGGUUUUACUAUCCUUAUGGGGACAUUUGGUACCCACAAAGUGAUAAAUACACGCUCACACACACACACACACACACACACACACACACACACACACACACACACACACACAAAGUAUACUGUUAUGUAACAUCGGCUGUGUUUAUUCCAUAGACUGUAAAAAAAGAUGGACAACGCCCCUUCGCUCGUUUCCAUUGGUGAGAACUGAAGCCGCCAGUGUCCCGAUAUGGCGCUGACAUCUUUUGGGACUUGAGUCUGCGCAGUUGCGAUUUCGGGACCAGACCUGCGCAGUAGUGAGCAGGAAGUAAAGCCGCGAAAUCAAGGCCCCGCCCUCACUCUCACUGAAUCAGUCGCAAGCACAUGCCCCUGCACUUUUGACGGUGUGAAAUAAUUAAUUAUAGAACUGUAGAUAUUAAAUUUAAAGCUCCAAUCUCCUCAGUCCUCCGAAAAUCCCAAAAAAAGUCCGUUGGUGCUUCAGUAUCUACUUCGCUCAGAGAACCUGUCAAUCACAGCUGUCAAUCAUGAUGUCACAGCACCGUUUUUAUAGCAUCAAAUAACUAACUAAAAACAAACUUAUUUUGAAAACAAACACUUGAAAUUACAUCAACUUGAUAGAAACUACAGUAAAUGACAGAAAAUAUCUUUGGAAAAAAGAUAUGUGAAGUGUAAUUUAAUUGUUUAAUUGGUCUCACGUCCCGUUGAAUAACAUGGGGAGGUGGGGUUUAUGACCUAUACUAGGACCAGUCACCGGGAGGCGAUCAAGAAGUUUUGGCUUCACUUUUGAGGGCUUGUGCGGCACACUUGGUUUAUUAAUAAUGAGUAUGUCUACUAGUCCAGUAGAGGGCAGUAAGAGUUUGUAUAAAGCUAAGUGGUUUCCAAUGGAAGAGAUGAUCGUCAUCGAUGUAAUUUUCAUGUGCUGAGUGUGUGGCAUGGAUUAAAUAACAGAGCACAGUAAUUUGAAUAACUUUGAUUUAUUUAACACAAACAAACGAUACAUGUUGUUUUGAGCUAUCAACUGAAAUAUGGCCAAUUCUCUUGUACGUGGAUUAUGGGGAAAACUUAACUAGACACAUUAUUGUUAGAUGUCAGUGUAUGAUCUCAGAUAUGGGUAAUCUCCUGAGCGUGACAGUGAAGCGUCGGAGGAGAUUCGACGUUUUUCAUGGAGUUUUGUUGAUAAGAGAAUUAAAUUAAAAAUAAUUGCGUUUAUGUAUGUCUGGCCUAUAUGUGAAUCAUUGUUUGUCCUGAUUUAUCAUUUAAACCUUAAAAUAUAUAUAGGCUAAUUAUUUAAGCUAAUGAAAAUUUUUACAAAUGAAAGCUCUUUAUUCAAACUUGCAGUGCCUAACACUAAUUCUUUGAUUUAUCUAAUUUCAUCGCAUGGUUAAUUGUGGUUAUUUAACCACCGCUGUCAUCAAAAAAAAAAAAAAAUGACAGGAAGACUUCUGCCUAUUUUACUGUUAGAGUGAGAAUUGUAUAACUUAACUUCGCACAGUUGCACCUACGUGACAGUAGCCUGAAGGAGUUUAUCUCCGAUUGAACUGCUGUACUCCGUUCUCGGUUCACAGUUCUUCCACCUGUCCCGCCUUCUCAAGUCAGGUGAUGCAAAACAUACAGCACACCUACAUAUUAAAACGCCUGUUGAUUUGAGGUCCUGCAUUCAGGUUCCCCAUUCCUCGGACCAGUUUUUGUUUGUGAUCAUAACAGUUUAAAACAUCGUGGUGAGCAGUGAGGUAGGGGACGCAGGACACGAAAUGCAACCCAAGCCACGCAAAACAAAAGAUGCCGAAUUUUCCAACUCUUCAACGCUGCCGGGAGCGCCUGCCUCGAGUGUGAGCGGACCGACAUCGGUGCAGAACCAGAAAGACAUGAAAGCUGUCAGAGACGGGAAGAACAUUGGCACUAACGAGGCGCCUACCCAAUCUGGUCGAAAGAAACAGAAGUCUAUAUCUGAAAAAAAAUACCUUGGUGUCAGAGUGAGAAUGCCAGUACGGGAUAUGCUAAAAAGUAUACGGAUAGCCAAGGGUAUUGAUCCCAAAGAUCUGCAGGGAAAACAAUCCAAGGCAUCCAAUGGGGAUAAAAAACGUGUUAACACUGGUGCAUACCGGAAAAAUUCCCUGGAGAAACAGCAAGCAAAGAAUCUGGAGGAGCUUGCAAUUAUAGUUGAAGUGCUGGAAGAGGAUCUUAAGACCUGUCAGUCUUACGAAGCUCCAAACAAAAGCCUUUCAGCUUCAUAUUGUUCAGAGUUUAGAGAGAAUUUCUCGGGUGAAGAUGCAACCCAACAGGGUUUAAUGACCAUGUACGGUCCGGAGAAUGAGUUCCCUUUGUCUCCAAGCUACUCACUACUUUCAGAGAACUCCCCUGUCCAUUCAGUCUGCAGCUCCUACCCCUCCCCAUUUUACAACCAGAGUACUGAUGUCUUCUUGGGGAAUCAGGAAGAAUAUAGCAGUUGUGAUUCAGAGGACUACAGGUAUGAUGAUCAGUAUGGAAUGACUUACUCUCCUGCCAAUUCGUCCGAAUACCUGGUGCCCUCCCCACAAGAAUCAUUCCAUUUCAGUCCUAACUCAGAAUACUGGGAGUAUACCCCGCAAAAGAUGAACUACCCACCAUGGCCCUGUUCUCAGCCGGAUGAGGGUAGCAGAAUGGCCUUCUUCUGGGCACAAAUGGAAAGAGAAGAAAAUCUGCUUAAGGAAAUAUCUGAUCAAGAGCUUCUUGCCGCAGACAUAAAUGGAAAGAUCCUCUUACACAGAGUGGUUGAGGACGGAAAGAGAGCUCUUGUAUAUGUUAUUGCCAAAAGGAUGGCAGCUAUGAAGAAGCUGGAUAUCAAAGAUUCAGAGGGAAAGACUCCACUUCAUCUUGCUGCGCAGAGAAAUCAACACUUUAUGGUGACUGACUUGCUGUCACUUGGUGCAAAUAUCAACGAGAAAGACCGAUAUGGGAAAACGUGCCUCCAUCUCAGUGCAGAGAAUGGGUAUAUUAGAGUUUUGGAGGUUCUGAAAGGUUUCAUGAGAAAUGGGAUAUAUAUUCAUUUGGAGGAAAGAGAUGCAAAUGGGCUGAGUGCACUGCAGUGUGCAGCAGUAGCGCUUAAACACACAGUACGAGAAAUGGAGCUGUGCGAGUCUGCAGGCCAGGUCCGGCUGCACACCCUUCGCAAGGAACAGAUGAUGGAAACACUGGAGUGCCUCCUUGAAAUGGAGUGUUAUUUACACACUUUGGAUCAGGGUCACCUCAAUGUGAAUAAAAGCGGUGUGGAGUACAAGCCGUGUGAACAAGCAGCCUUUGUUAAGUCAAAUGAAAUUGAGGCUAUCAACAACAUGACUUAAAAGUAGUUUGUCUACUUAGGCUGCUGCUUCUGACAUGUCAUUUGUCUGCUAUGCAUUGCAGAGGAUUUUUUUUAACUGACAGUAAUUGUUUUUGAGUUAAUACAAGCUUUAACCUGCCAUUGAAGACAAUGUAUACAAAUAUAUUUUAGUAAUAAGUCUUUUUUUUUUAGUAAGAAAGAUAAGGGAUAUCUUUUAUGGCAGGGGAAAGCUAUGUAUUAUGCAACCGUAGGUUUUGUUCAGUGUUCAGGGGUAAAGCGUGGCGUAUCACUGCACAAAAACACGAUGGUUGCCUAUUAGCUGGUUUCUAUGAAACUUCCACUGUUUGUUACGUUUGAGUAGCAGAAUCUUUAAAAAAGGAAUAAAGAAUGUGGUAUGACCUCUGAGUUUGUUAAACACCACAGUAAGUCCUAUUUUCUCCAAUAGCAAAUAGUUUUGAUAUUGAAGACACUGCUUGCAUGGUUAUGUAUGCCUGGAUGUUUCUUUUUAAAGGUGUAGUUCACCCAAACUACAUAAUGUAUUAUUAUUACACAAGAGAAUACAUUAUAAUGAAUAUCCCGGUCCAGAUUUUUAAAGAACUAAAAGUGUCAUAAAAGUAGUCCAUACAGAUCAUGCCUCAUACUCCAAGGCAUGGAGUACUGAAGGCAUAUGAUAUGUUUUGUAAAGAAACAACCUAGGAUUUAAAGAUCAUUUUUGUUUAUGUAAUCUUGAACCUACACUGACUCCUAGGGGCCUUGAUGUAGCAUUAUUCAAACGCAGUUUCAGUUGUCAAUGCAUUUAAAAUAAUCACUACUCGCAGACAGCCAUGAUUAAUUUAAUCCAUGAGCAAAAGUGUCCAAUAACAGGGUGGUUACUGAGAUUAAGUAAGUAUUAUUCGGCUGGUCAUGUGAUCCAAACAUGGCUGCCUCCAUGAGGGGACCCUGUACAUGUAGAACAAAACAGCUUUAUAAUGUUACUGAUAUGAUUGGAGUCUUCAUCUCAUGUGAGUUGUUGUGUAUACUAAAAAUACUGAGCUCUCCGUUAAUUUUUCAGUGAAAAUCUUGACGUUUGUUGCACGUUUAUGAGCUCUGAGAGACGUUUGUGUGUUCACACACGUACAAAAGGUAUACAUUUUUGAAGAAUCAUGAACUUCUAUUGUUUAGUGCUAAGACAUCAAGAUUACUGAAAAUUAUUAAAAUGUUAUAUUUCUCACCGUAUGCCUUCAGUAGAUUUGUAAUAUGAUGCACAAGUUGCAUGGACUACUUUUAUGACACUUUUGAGUCCUUUUUUAUGCUUUAAAGAGUCACUAUCAACUGCCAUUGUAUUGAGAAGGAAGUCGGGCAAGGAUAUCAAUUACAUUUUCUUCUUUUGCUGUCCGCAUAAAAAAGAAAUGUUUGGAACGAGUAAAUUAUGAUAGAAUUUUUUAUUUUAAGUGAACUAUUCCUUUAAUACUAAAAGCAUUCACAACAAUAUAUAUGCACCUGUAUUGCUGAUGUUAUUCUUUUUUUUUUUACAAAGUUGCAAAUUGUGGUGAGUUCCGAAAUGUCACAAUUUUGUUUACUUGUAUAUUGUUACAAAAACCAAGAAGAAUUUAUUCAUAACACUUUUAUUAUUUGAAUUUCAAAGUAAAUGCUAGUGUUUGGGGUGAAAAAAAACAACAAAACAUUCUAGUAACAUUUUUACAAAUAUUGUCAACAUGUUGCAUGCACGUUUCUUAACUUUGCAUGUAUUUUGUUAUAAAGAGGAGCAAUGAGUCAAGGCUGUGACCCUGAUUUAAGCUCCUCUUUAUAGUGCCUUCCUUGCAGACACAAUGAAACCUAAUUUUUUUAUGCAUUUGGGAUAUAAGGUGCUUCACACAAUAUUUUAUGUAUUUUUGUAAUAGUUAAAAGUAAUAUUCUUCAAUUUAUAUCAGAUUUUAUUUGAUGAGAUUGUUUUCAUUUCUGUUCAACUUUAUUACAUUAUUAAGGCAAUGGGGCAUGUAACAAAGUUAUUGUUAUGUGGGUAUACAGAGGGUGAAACAUAUAUCAUGCAUGGUAGUGUUAAUGGGAAUAUGGAUAUGUAUAUGACAUUUUUAGACCUUCAUUUACAUUUAUUGUAAGACUCUAUAUUAUUUGAUGGGAAUUAUUUCUGAAAUGGUGUGUUAACAUGUAUAAGCAUUAAAAUAUCU